GCGUGUGUCAAUCUGAGCGCUUCAGCCAAUCGUCGCUGCCUGUCGCAGCGCUCGUCCAAUGGCUGCUCAGUAACGGGAGGGGGGGCGGAGCUCCGCCAUUUCCGCGGCGGAAGCGGCUGCGAUGGCGGCGGACGAGGCGCCGCUCACCGGCGUGGGCUGGGCGGCUGCACCCGAGGCGGCCCCCGCCGGUUGGACCGUGAUCGGCGUUACCGUGGAGGGCACGGCGGCCAACCUGGGCAAAGGCUUCGGGCUCAAGAGCGGCGGGUACCUGUGCGUGAGCGGCGGCAGAGCCCAGGCACCUCCCGGGCCCGUGGUGACCGAUGUGCUGGUGCUGAGCGAGCGGAGCCCGCAGCCCCUUGGCUACACCCGUGCCCCCGAGUUCCCGGAGCCCCGACCCGGCGGCUCCCGGAAGAAGCGGCUGUACGUGAAGCUGGAGCCGGUGGCCGCCGUCGACACGGCCGUGGUUGACAUCAAGCUGAGCUCCAAGAGCAAAACCCUCCCCUGUUACACCAGAGCAGGGGAAAUGGGGAAUUUUGCCAUCUGGUGUAAGAAAGGGCCCGUUCUGAAGCCUGUCCCCAAGCCACGGAGCAUCAGCACAGGCCUGAAGCAGCUCUCGCUCCAGUCCCCUGACUACGGGGCACCCGCUGCUCCCUGCACCAUCAAACGGGCUGCUUCUCAGCACGAGGCUCUCUAUGACACCUCCAACAUCUACGGGCUCUCAGCCAUGGACGGAGUCCCUUUUACACUACACCCCAAAUUUGACACCAGGCUCAGCUCUGGCAGCAACGCUCUCCUCACUGACCUGACUGUUAAAUCACUUGCUGAUAUUGAGGCAGAGUACAAUUAUGCCUUUGUGGUCGAAAAGACGGCGGCUGCCAGGCUCCCCCCCAGCGUGUGUUAGCCCCAGAGGCCACCUCAGGGAUGUAAAGUGCAGCCAAACCCCCCUGCGGGGCUCAGCUCCUCUUCCUCACUCUGAUUAAAGCUCAGGCUAAGCUCAAGCGAUGCAGUCGCUCUCUACUGCCAAAGAAUAAACUCUUUUCUCUUCUCCCCUGCCAA